CAUCCUUCCAAGUUUUGAACAAAUGAUGAAAGCCUAGUGUGUAUUAUUUGAUCCAUCUCCCCUCUUGGGGCCUGGCUGGCUCUCCUUUCGAGGCUUAAGGGCUGCUUGGUUCCGGAUGGGGGGAGGAUGAUAUCGGCGUUCGGCACACCAACCUUGUUACUUCGCGGACGCGAUGAAGGCAUCUCUGAUACAUUACAUAACUUGGGGGUGUUCUCUGGUUCUUCGGCGAUCAUGACCCUUGAGAUGCUUGGCCCAGACGGCAGCAACCAUCAUUCAAAUGAUAGGGCUCAGGAUUUUUUUUGGCGUGGAUCUUAUAUUGGCUAGUCUUUGAUUAUAAUCUUUUAUAUGCUUCCAUAUCUUUUUCAUGUCCCUUUUGUUGUCCCUAUUUUUUGCGAUGCUUGAGCGUGGCCUGUAAAUGCCUUCGCUGGCUGCUUGGGAACAGCGUAGUGAGAAUGAAUCGUAGAAUACAAUACUUGAGCAGAUUACGGCCCUGUUCCAAUUAGACUUACGUUAAUUCUACAAUCAAUCGUCCUGGGAAUAAAUCGAAGCUCAACUCGAUGCGCUUUACGAACUUUCGGGAAUGAGCUCCGCAUUAAAGAUUCUCCGCAAAAAAAAGUGACGGACCAGCUUCUUAUCACCUGCAACAUUCUUCGAGAAAACUCUCUUCCGCCGUGAAAAGGAAUUGACGGGACGUUACAACCAUCUCCUCGCAACUGAAUCCCAUACGGAGGUUCGGUCCGAUGCGGCCACACCUCGUCAUCCUGCCCUAUGCGGCACGUCUUCGCGUUCCGGCUACCGUUCGACUCCCGCGGUCAUUAUGCGGCGCUCGUGGAUAUGUACGGACCGCAGAAAGUGUGAAUUCCAAUACCGUUCUUCUCAAUAGCUCUCGACCUACUCUUGCGCGCAAUGCCCUCGGGGCCCACCAAGAGCAGAAACGAUGCGUCACGCAAGCAUACUUGAAGCGAAUGGCCGAUGCGAAGAAAGAAUGGGCAGGGUUCGCCGAAGAAAUCAAGGCAGGAAAAAGGAAAAGCUUUGCACAGCACUUGGAAGAGCGUGAAUUACUUCAUGAUGUGGUUGGGGAGCGAGACCUACUGCACCGUGUCUUUACCGAGAAAAGAGUUGGGCUCUACGCAGGCGUAGAUCCCACAGCGCCGUCUUUACAUGUUGGACAUAUGCUUCCAUUUAUGGUCCUCGCUUGGGGCUAUGUCUGGGGUUUGCCGGUUACCUUCCUGCUCGGCGGUGCGACGUCGCGAAUCGGUGACCCUACGGGACGGCUAAAGGGAAGGGAGCAAGUUCAUUCCUCGGUUCGGAAAGCCAACAUGGCCAGCAUGCACAUGCAGCUGAAAAAGCUCGGCGCAAGCAUUGAAAAAUAUGGUGAAAGGCACGGGUACAAGUGCACUCCAGUCUGGAGACGAGCCUUAACGAAUAAUAAUACGUGGUGGAACAAGCAACCUUUUCUAGAGGUUAUGAGGGAUCUAGGGGCCUAUAUGCGUCUUGGUCCCAUGUUAGGAAGAGAUACAGUCAAGACUCGUUUAACGAAAGGGGAUGGUAUGUCAUUCGCUGAGUUCUGCUACCCUCUCUUGCAAGCAUGGGACUGGUGGGUGCUCUUUCGCAAAGGCGUUCAGGUCCAGGUUGGAGGUAGCGACCAGUAUGGGAACAUUCUCUUUGGGAUGGACGCUGUUAAAUCCAUUAGCCGAAACACUGUUAUGCAAGAGGAACAAAAUGAUUUGGAGAAUGAGUUGGACAGGCCCAUCGGUCUUACUACUCCGUUGCUCACAACGCCGUCCGGCGAAAAGUUCGGAAAGUCGGCUGGUAACGCUAUCUGGCUGGACAAGGAUAUGACAUCGACUUUCGAACUAUAUCAGUUCUUCGUUCGCACUCCCGACGAUGUUGUGGAGAAGUAUCUCAAGAUGUUUACCUUCUUGCCUCUGCCGGAAAUCUCAAGAAUCAUGGAAGAACAAAACCAGGAUCCAUCAAAGCGAGUGGCCCAACACGCUCUCGCCUCGGAAUUUGUUGAACUUAUCCACGGCAAAGCUGAAGCCGAUGCUGUGGCUAUUCAGCACCGGCAGUUGUUUAGGCCACGGUCCUCGACAGCAGAGCCCACGCCCCUUCCCCGAACUCCUGGAUCUGGUUCCAACCAGCCCAAAAAUUACAUGUCUGGCUUCGUUAACCCUCAGUCUGGAAAUCCUUACGCGCCUCAAACAAACUUCUCCAACAUGCCGUCAGCACGAGUGACUCUCCCGCAGUCACUUGUCUUCAACCAGCAAUUCCACAAGAUCAUGUGGUCUGCCGGUCUCGUGUCCACCAAGAGCGAGGGCCACCGUAUCAUCGCCAACAAAGGUGCCUCCGUGGGAAGCCGUCCUGGUAUCAGCGGAUCAAUGGAGGGUGGUGGGAUGCCAGACGCACUGACCUUCACGCCCAUCAAAACCUGGACGGCCGAUAAAACACAAGAAUUCAUCAUCAACAACGACCUCUUGAUCCUAAAGCUGGGCAAGUGGAAAAUGAAGAUAGUGAACAUUGUCACGGACGAGGAGUUCAAAAAGCUCGGUCUCACAGCCCCCGGGUGGGAGCCUGAGGCUGAGUCCACAAACUCCGGGACAACAGAACCAAAAGCUUCUAAUUAAGGUAUCAGGACGCUGAACGCCUCCAUUGGCGUCGUUUUGCAUACUUCUGAUCUGUACUUGUACACUACGAUAAUUUUGUAAAUAUAGACCACAUGUAUCAUUACCCAUAAAGUUAGACCACUCUUCAAAAUAACCACGAUUUGGUAUUAUUCGCCAAAUGCUUUAACUUUACAAGCCAGUGCUUUUGCAGCUGAAGAAUGUUGUUUGCGAUCAGGA